AUGCCUGGUCAAAAGCACGUCGUUUUCGACGUAGUUGGCACAUGCGUCUCAUUUGACGCCUUCUACAAUGGCAUCGACAAAGUCAUCGGCGAACGCCUUUUAGCCCGAAAUAUCACAGCCCGCUCCUUCGGAUUCACUUGGAUGACAGCAGCAGAGCUGGAAUUCACCUUUCUUUCCAUUUCGGAGCGCUACAAGCCAUACAAGGAAGUCAUGCUGGCACUCUUCUUCCGCACACUAUACAUGAUGGGCGUCGAGGACCCUCGGUCUUUCGCCACGGAGUCUGAGAGAAAUGCGUGCGCGCAGAGUUACUCUGAUCUCGAGCUGCGCCCCGGAACGAAGGAAUGCUUCGCUAAGCUUCGAGACGCGGGGUUCACGGUCUGGUGUUUGACGACUGGAGAUGUGACGCGCGUGCGAGGGUAUUUCCAGCGCGGGAGUGUCGAUAUGCCGAUUGAGAACUUCCUUAGCUGUGAUACGGCUGGUAUUGCUAAGCCAGCACUGGCGGCGUAUAAGCCUGCUUUGGCUCGGUUCAAGGAAGAGGAUGUGAAGUGGUUUGCGGCGGCGCAUAUGUGGGAUGUUUCGGCUGCUGUGAAGGUGGGGUUCCGGGGUGCUUAUUGCACUGUUUAUGAGAAGGAGUCCUGUGCGGAGAUAUUUGAUGUGGAGAUGGAAGUUUUGGAGCACAGUUUGCCUGCGAUGGCGGAUAAAAUUAUAGCUGCGUCAUCUCAAUAG